CCAAGUCGCCAACUCCUUCUACCUCUGUCAGUCUGUCACCCAUGGAAGUCCUGAGUCCUGACCUGCUGCCUUCGGUUUCCCAGCCAAUAUUGGCAAAACUAAUGUUGGCUUUUCCUUCUUUUUAUAUCUAAAGGCUACCCAUGAUCUUAUAUACUCUCUCUCUCUCUCUCUCCAAACCCUGAAAAUUUUCCCUCCUAAUCCGAAAUGGGUCUUCUGCAUUACUCCCUUUUGAUCACUGUAUCAGUUGUCUUUGGCGUUGCUGCUGCUUGUUCCAAUGGUGAAUGCAGGCUCCUUGAUGAGUGCUCCUCGGAUCAAGAUUGUAUGUCUGGGCUCUAUUGUUUAUCCUGCCUAGGAGGACCUCCAGGUUCCAGAUGUGUUAGAUCAAAAGCUACUGACCAAUUCAAGCUACUGAACAAUUCUUUGCCCUUAUUGAUGAUAGUUCCGCGAAUCACCUUUACAAAUCAAGAAGACAGUAUCACUCAACAGCUAAAUAAUGGUGUUAGAGCUCUUAUGCUAGAUACAUAUGAUUUUAAAGGAGACGUUUGGUUGUGCCAUUCUUUUAAUGGAAAGUGUCAUGACUAUACUGCCUUUAGGCCAGCUCUAGACACCUUAAAGGAGAUAGAAGCAUUCAUGUCAGCCAACCCAUCAGAGAUUGUUACAUUGAUCUUAGAAGACUAUGUUGAAACCCAAAAUGGAUUAAGAAAAGUUUUCACAGAUGCGAACUUAAUGAAGUAUUGGUUUCCAGUUUCAAGAAUGCCUCAAAAUGGUCAGGAUUGGCCACUAGUAAGUGAUAUGGUUGCUAAGAACCAAAGGCUUAUCGUCUUUACAUCGAAAAGGUCUAAGCAAGAGACUGAAGGAAUAGCCUAUCAGUGGAAUUUUAUGGUUGAAGACCAAUAUGGAGAUGAAGGAAUGGUUAGGAAAAUUUUGGUGAAUUUCUUCCCUUCUCAAGGAAGUGCAUGCCAUUCCAAUUCAGAUGAUCUCAUGAACAAGCUUAAGACAUGUCAUAGUUUCGCUGGGAAUCGAUGGGCUAAUUUUGUUGCUGUCGAUUUUUACAAGAGGAGUAAGGGAGGAGGAGUAUUUCAAGCUGUAGACACCCUCAAUGGGGAAUUACUGAUGUGCAUGCAUGUGUGCCAGGAUCAUCAGCUUCAAAAGCUUGCCUUCACCCAUGAGAAAACAGAGUAUGGUGACUAAAUUUUUAUUUCUUAUGGAAUACUUCAGGCCUGCCCAGAAAUUAAAAUGUAUAAAUUCAUUUUUGCAGGAUCUGGGCAUCCUCUAUAAUGAAAAUAAUGUUGCACUAAAGUGAUUUGAUAUGGGAAAAUGCUUUGCUUUGUGA